CGACACAGAAGGAGGGAGCUGGGGAAGACACGGUUCUUUGCGCUGGAGAUUCGAGGGCCAGGCUUCUCAUUUUCCCAGGCUGCUUCCACUCCCGGGUGAGGAGCGCCCCGCGAGUCAGGACAGCGCCUGGAAAAUGGAGCAGGCGUGGGCACGAGAUUAUUUUGCAGAAGAUGAUGGGGAGAUGGUACCCCGAACAAGUCAUGCAGCAGCUUUUCUUACUGACACCAAAGAUCGAGGCCCUCCUGUGCAGUCACAGACCUGGAGAAGUGGUGACAAGGUCCCCUUUGGGCAUUCCUUGAGAGCAUUUGAAAGACCUCUUCAGGUGCAAACCCAGGCUCUUCGAGACUUUGAGAAGCACCUCAAUGACCUGAAGAAGGAGAACUUCAGCCUCAAGCUGCGCAUCUACUUCCUGGAGGAGCGCAUGCAGCAGAAGUAUGAGGCCAGCCGGGAGGACAUCUACAAGCGGAACAUCGAGUUGAAGGUUGAAGUAGAGAGCCUGAAACGAGAACUCCAGGACAAGAGACAGCAUCUGGAUAAAACAUGCGCUGACGCGGAGAAUAUCAACAGCCAUAAUGAAGCUGAGCUCCGGCGCCAGUUUGAGGAGAGACAGCAGGAGACGGAGCAUGUUUACGAGCUCCUGGAGAAUAAGAUCCAGCUUCUGCAAGAGGAGUCCAGGCUAGCAAAAAAUGAAGCCGCACGGAUGGCGGCUCUGGUGGAAGCAGAGAAAGAGUGUAACCUGGAGCUCUCGGAGAAACUGAAGGGAGUCACCAAGGAGAGGGAAGGUGUACCAGGAGACCAGGUCAAAUCUGACCAGUACACUGAGGCCCUGGCCCAGAGGGACAAAAGAAUUGAAGAACUGAGUCAAAGCCUGGCUGCACAGGAGAAACUUGUAGAACAGCUGUCUCAAGAGAAACAGCAACUGCUACAUCUGUUGGAGGAGCCAGCUGACAUGGAAGUGCAGCCCGUGACUGAAGACUUACUCAAACAACAGAAGUUGAAUUCAAAUGAGACUGGUACAACUCAGCAGUCUGUAUCUGAUUCCCAUCUGGCAGAACUCCAGGAAAAAAUCCAGCAAACAGAGACCACCAACAAGAUUCUUCAAGAAAAACUGAAUGAAAUGAGCUGUGAACUGAAGUCUGCUCAGGAGUCAUCUCAGAAGCAAGAUGAUACAAUUCAAAACCUCAAGGAAACUCUGAAAAGCAGGGAAAGUGAGACCGAGGAGUUGUACCAGGUGAUUGAAGGUCAAAACGACACAAUGGCUAAGCUUCGAGAAAUGCUGCACCAGAGUCAGCUUAAACAGCUUCAUAACUCAGAGGGUACUUCCCCAGCUCAGCAACAGGUGGCUCUGCUUGAUCUUCAGAGUGCUUUGUUCUGCAGCCAGCUUGAAAUACAGAAGCUCCAGAGGGCAGUACGACAAAAAGAACGGGAGCUGGCUGAUGCUAGACGAUGUGUGCGGUUUGUAGAGGCUGCAGCACAGGAGAGAGAGCAGCAGAAAGAGGCUUCUUGGAAACAUAACCAAGAAUUGCGAAAAGCCCUACAGCAGCUACAAGGAGAACUUCAGAGUAAGAGCCAACAGCUUCAUACCCUGGAGGCUGAAAAAUAUACUGAGAUUCGCACCCAAGAGCAGCACAUUCAGCACCUCCACCACAGUCUGAGUCACAAAGAGCAGCUGCUUCAGGAAUUUCGGGAGCUCCUGCAGUACCGAAAUAACUCGGACAAAACCCUUGAAGCAAAUGAAAUGUUGCUUGAGAAACUUAGGCAAAGGAUACAAGAUAGAGACGUUGCCCUAGAGCGGGCUAUAGAUGAAAAGUUCUCCAGCCUAGAAGAAAAGGAAAAAGAACUGCGUCAACUUCAUCUUGCCAUGAGAGAGCGAGAUCACGACUUAGAGAGGCUGCGCGGUAUCCUCUCCUCCAGUGAAGCUACCAUGCAGAGUAUGCAGAGUCUCCUGAGGUCCAAAGGCCUGGAAGUGGAACAGUUGUCUGCCACCUGUCAGAACCUCCAGUGGCUGAAAGAAGAAAUGGAAACCAAAUUUAGCCGUUGGCAGAAGGAGCAAGAAAGCAUCAUUCAGCAGCUACAGACAUCUCUGCAUGACAGGAACAAAGAAGUAGAGGAUCUUACCGCAACAUGGCUCUGCAGACUUGGACCAGGGCAGAGUGAGAUAGCUGAGGAGCUGUGCCAGCGUCUACAGCGGAAAGAACGGAUGCUGCAGGACCUUCUGAGUGAUCGGAACAAGCAAGCGGUGGAAUAUGAAAUGGAGAUUCAGGGCCUGCUUCAGUCCAUGAGCACCAGAGAGCAGGAGAGCCGAGCUGCUGCAGAAAAGAUGGUACAAGCUCUAAUGGAAAGAAAUUCAGAAUUACAGGCCCUGCGCCAAUAUUUAGGAGGGAAAGAUUUCAUGAUGUCCCAAGCACCCCUCUCUAACCGACCAGCUGAAGUUACCUCCAUCAGCUCCCAUCUUGAAGAGCAAACUGGUCAAGGUUCAGUGCAUAUACCCUCCAGAGAUGAGAGCACUUCAUUGACUGCCAAAGGGGAUGCUACCGUACCCAGGUCCUCGUUAGGAGACUUGGAUACAGUUGCGGGGCUGGAAAAAGAACUGAGUAAUGCCAAAGAGGAACUUGAGCUCAUGGCUAAAAAAGAGAGAGAAAGUCGGAUGGAACUCUCCGCGCUCCAGUCCAUGGUUGCUGUGCAGGAGCAAGAGCUGCAGGUUCAGGCUGCUGACAUGGAGUCCCUGACCAGGACCAUACAGAUUAAGGAAGACCUCAUAAAGGACCUGCAGAUGCAGCUGGUUGAUCCUGAAGACAUCCCGGCUAUGGAACGGCUGACCCAGGAAGUCUUGCUUCUUCGGGAAAAAGUUGCUUCAGUAGAAUCACAAGGACAGGAAACGUCCGGAAACCGAAGACAACAAUUGCUGCUGAUGCUCGAAGGACUGGUAGAUGAGCGGAGUCGGCUCAAUGAGGCCUUACAGGCCGAGAGACAGCUCUACAGCAGUCUGGUGAAGUUCCAUGCCCAUCCAGAGAGCUCUGAGAGAGACCGAACUCUGCAGGUGGAACUAGAAGGGGCCCAGGUGAUACGCAAUCGGCUAGAAGAAGUUCUCGGAAGAAGCCUGGAGCGCUUAAGCAGGCUGGAGACCCUGGCCGCCAUUGGAGGUACAGCUGCAGGGGACGACACGGAGGAUGCAAGCACGGAGUUCACCGACAGUAUCGAGGAGGAGGCUGCACACAACAGCCACCAGCAACUCAUCAAGGUGGCGUUGGAGAAAAGCCGGGCAGCUGUGGAGACCCAGAAUGUCUCUCUUGCUCCUCCUUCCCUGACAGGAGGGGACAGUAACAGGGGUCUUCAGGAGGAAAUGCUCCACCUGAGGGCUGAAAUUCACCGGCACUUAGAGGAGAAGAGGAAAGCUGAGGGGGAACUGAAGGAGCUAAAGGCUCAAAUCGAGGAAGCAGGAUUCUCCUCUGUGGCCCACAUCAGGAACACCAUGCUGAGCCUUUGCCUUGAGAAUGCAGAGCUGAAAGAGCAGAUGGGAGAAGCAAUGUCUGAUGGAUGGGAGAUUGAGGAAGACAAGGAGAAGGGCGAGGUGAUGGUGGAGACUGUGGUUGCCAAAAGGGGUCUGAAUGAGAAUAGCCUUCAGGCUGAAUUCAGAAAGGUCCAGGGAAAACUGAAGAAUGCCCGUAAUAUCAUCAGCCUACUCAAAGAACAGCUGGUGCUGAGCAGCAAGGAAGGGACUAGUAAGCUUAAUCCUGAGCUCCUUGUGCACCUGGCCCAGGAGAUCAACAGAAUGAACACAGAGCUGGUUUACUCUCCUGGAAAGCGCCAAUGCCUAGAAGAGGAGGGUGUGACCACAAGGCCGUGCCCCAGACCCCAGAGCCUUGACCUUGGGGCUGCCCUCACAGUGGAUGCUCACCAACUGGAUAACCAGCCCCAGACCCAUGACCCUGGGCCACAGUCAGAAUUUCGCCUCUCGGGAUCCACGAAGCACCUGCGCUCCCAGUUGGCACAAUGCAAACAACGCUAUCAGGAUCUCCAGGAGAAGCUGCUGAUAUCAGAAGCCACUGUCUUUGCCCAGGCCAACCAGCUGGAGAAAUACAGAGUCAUGUUUACAGGUGGAUCAUCGGUGAAGCAGGACAGCAAGCAAGUGCAGGUGGACCUCCAGGACCUGGGCUACGAGACCUGUGGCCGAAGCGAGAACGAGGCUGAGCGGGAGGAGAGCACCAGCCCUGAGUGUGAGGAGCACGACAGCCUCAGGGAAACAGUCUUGAUGGAGGGGCUGUGCUCCAAGCAGGGACACCUGGGCUCCACAAUGGCCAGCCCCCCUGGGAAGAAGCCCCCGGACAGCCAACUAGGGAAGCAGGAGGAGCUCCGGGCAUACGGAAAGUCAGAAGACAUCUCUGUCUUACGUAAGGACAUCAAAGAUCUGAAGGCCCAGCUGCAGAACGCCAACAAGGUCAUUCAGAACCUGAAGAGCCGGGUUCGGUCCCUCUCAGUUACAAGCGAUUAUUCAUCUAGUCUGGAGAGACCCCGAAAGCUGAAGGCCGUUGGUGCCCUAGAGGGAUCUUCACCGCACAGUGUCACUGAUGAGGACGAGGGGUGGCUGUCUGAUGGCGCUGGGGCUUUCUACCCUCCAGGGCUUCAGGCUAAAAAGGAUCUAGAGAGUCUGAUCCAGAGGGUGUCCCAGCUAGAAGCCCAGCUCCCAAAAACUGGGACGGAAGGGAAGCUGGCUGAGGAGCUGAGAUCUGCCUCGUGGCCUGGGAAAUAUGAUUCCCUGAUUCAGGACCAGGCCCGAGAACUAUCCUACCUACGUCAGAAAAUACGGGAAGGGAGAGGUAUCUGUUAUCUUCUCACUCAGCACUCGAAAGACACGGUAAAGUCUUUCGAGGACCUCCUAAGGAGCAACGACAUUGACUACUACCUGGGGCAGAGCUUCCGGGAGCAGCUCGCCCAGGGCAGCCAGCUGACAGAAAGGCUCACCAGCAAACUCAGCACCAAGGAUCAUAAAAGUGAGAAAGAUCAAGCUGGACUCGAGCCACUGGCUCUGAGGCUUAGCAGGGAGCUGCAGGAGAAGGAGAAAGUGAUUGAAGUCCUGCAGGCCAAGCUGGAUGCCCGCUCGCUCACGCCGUGCAGCAGCCAUGCCCUGUCUGACUCUCAGCGCUCUCCUAGCAGCUCCUCCUUUUUGUCUGAUGAGCUGGAAGCCUGCUCUGACAUGGACAUCGCCAGCGAGUACACACACUAUGAAGAGAAGAAAGCUUCACCUGGUCACUCAGAUUCCAUCCAUCAUUCGAGUCAUUCUGCUGUACUGUCUUCCAAACCAUCAGCAACCAGUUCAUCUCAGGGGGUUAAGGCCGAACCCAGCAGCAACCCUAUCAGCUUCCCAGCUCCCCAGAAUCCCCCCAACGAGGCCAGCCAGGCCCAUCCAGGCCUUCAUUUCCAAUCCAUACCCACGCUGGUUAGCCUUCCCCAGGCACCACUGCCCUCAGCUCCACCCAGCUUCCUGCCUUUCAGCUCUGCUGGCCCUCCCCUCCCUGGCUGCUGUGAGACACCCAUGGUCUCCUUGGCAGAGGCUCAGCAGGAGCUGCAGAUGCUGCGGAAGCAGUUAGGAGAAAGUGUCACCAGUGUUCAUCCUGCUUCCCCGACCACAUUGCCAACCAACCCUACAGAAGCCAGAUCUUCCCUCUACCUCAACCCUACCCAGCCCCUCUGUCCUCUGAGGAGCACUACGGAACUAGGCAAAGUCCUGGAGCCUGGGUACCUGGGCAGCAGUGGCCAGUGGGACAUGAUGAGGCCUCAGAAAGGGAGCAUAUCCGGGGACCUAUCCUCAGGCUCCUCCAUGUACCAGCUUCACUCCAAACCCACAGGGGCUGACCUGCUAGAGGAGCAUCUUGGUGAAAUACGGAAUCUGCGCCAGCGCCUGGAGGAGUCCAUCUGCAUUAAUGACCGCCUGCGGGAGCAGCUGGAACACAGGCUCAGCUCCACUGCCCGCGAAAGCGGCUCAACCUCUAACUUCUAUAGUCAGGGCCUGGAGUCCACACCUCAGCUCUCCAAUGAGAACAGAGUCCUUAGGGAAGAAAAUCACAGGCUUCAGGCUCAGCUCAGUCAUGUUUCCAGAGAGCACUCCCAGGAAACAGAAUGCCUGAGGGAGGCUCUGCUGACCUCUCGAUCCCGGCUUCAAGAGCUGGAAAUGGAGCUGGAGCACCAAAAGGUAGACCGGCAGCAGUUACUGGAAGACCUGAAGGAGAAGCAGCAGGAGAUCUUGCAUUUCCAGGAGGAGCGACUGUCUCUCCAGGAGAAAGACUCCAGGCUGCAGCAUAAGCUGGCCCUCCUGCAGCAACAGUGCGAACAGAAACAGCAGCUUUUCCAGUCCCUCCAGUCAGAGCUACAGAUCUAUGAGGCACUUUAUGGUGACUCCAAGAAGGGGCUGAAAGCUUAUACCUGGGAUGCCUGUCACCAAGUCCCUUUGAGCAGUGACUUGAGCCACCUGGUGGCAGAGAUCCGAGCUUUGCGAGGGCAGCUGGAACAGAGCAUUCAGGCGAACAACUGUCUGCGACUGCAGCUCGAACAGCAGUUGGAUGGUGGUGCCAGCAAAGCCAGCCUCAGCUCCUCCGUUAACCAGAAAUUCCCCACCAACACUGACCCUGGAAACAAGCAGCCGUUCUUCCAAGAUUCGGUUGCCUCCCCUCCAGUUCGGGAUGUGGGCAUGAAUUCUCCAGUUCUGGUCUUCCCCAGCUCUUCUUCUGAAGCUCCUGGCCCAGAGACCACAACCUUCAGUAGGACGAACGAGCUGGGUUUGGGUGCUUCUCCAGUAAUGAAGAACCCUCCCAAGCUGGAGGGUGAUGCUACUGAUGGCUCCUUUGCCAAUAAGCAUGGCCGCCACGUCAUUGGCCACAUUGAUGACUAUAGUGCCCUAAGAGAGCAGAUUGGGGAGGGCAGAGUGCUGGUCAAGAAGAUAGCAUCACUUGUGAGACCAACCUGCAGCUUCUCUGGUCUUGAAGCUCCGGGCAUAGAGGUGAUGGGUAGCGAAGGCAUCCAGGAGCUGAGGAGCAGUGCCACCGCCCUGCACCACCGGCUGGAGGAGUCGGCCUCCCUCCUCACCAUGUUCUGGAGAGCAGCCUUGCCAAACUCCCCCGGCUCUAUGCUUGUGGGCAAAGUGGGAGAGUCUAUGAAAAAGGAGCUUCUGGAACUGAGAACCAAACUAUCCAAACAGGAGAGUCUCCUUCAGAGUACAUCUGAGCGUCUGAAGACCGCCAACCAGCAGAAGGAGAGCAUGGAACAGUUCAUCUUCAGCCAGUUGACCAGGACACACGAUGUUUUGAAGAAGGCAAGGACUAAUUUGGAGAAGAACUCUUACAAGACUGCUUCUGUAAAGCCUUAUUCCUGUCCCAGCAAAGGUGAAAUCCCUAAGGGCCUUGCCAUGCACUCCAGUCCUGUGACCCUUGCCUUCCAGGAGACAUGCAAGAAGCGAAGCCACCAGAGGUCCUUAAAACAGCAGGAAGGAUGGGCCUGCGCCCCUUCUUCACAGCUCCCUGUCUGCUGAGGAGGAUCUGGGCCCUCUUCCACACCUACUGGAGGGUCUGGAAGGAGUUAGAGAUAUGGCCUCGUGGGCAGGGCGAAAGGCAGAGGGCCUUUCCUGCACUUGAGGAAUAACAAGGCAAGGUGUCCGUGGCUCAGCUCUAAGGAAAACAGGCCUAGUUACUAGAGGACCUUGUGACACUGCUUCUGAACACACUGGGGGCAUGGGAGCCAGCAACAGACACUUCUUGCCUCGUCACCUGUCCUCAGAGGGUCAGCUCAGGGGAAACAGGACCUGCUUCCCCACAAUUCAGCAUGUGGUCCCAACAUUGGAGCUCCUCAGCAGAUCUGAAAGCACAAGACUGAGCAGCGGUGCCUUGCAGGACAGUGUGCCAGAGGGGCCUGACUGCCUGACCCAGGGCCCAUGCAUCUGGGUCACCGUCAGGCUGGGUGUCAGUCUACACUGCAGCACCUGAGUACUAUGAAUCCAUGUGGUGGGAAUGGUGACUCCCAUAUGCCAUCUCAUGCUUAGCCUAGACUUCCUACUUAUAUUCUAUUGUUGUCUCCAAAAGCUGUACUGAAUUUACAUAUACUGUCCCCUUUUGUCAUCCCAGCUUCUCUCUGGGAACUAGGGACUAACGGCCACAGCAAGCCCACUGAAAGUCUUGUGUAAAGCAAACCGGUGAUCAUUUUUAAGUGACAUACAAGAGGACCCCAGUUGUGCUUGUGCUGAAGCCUAGUCUGUGUCUUCACAAAAGUGCUUUAGAAAGUGUGUAUGUGUGUAUAAAUGUAUGAUAUAUAUUUAUAUAUGUUGCUAUAGUGCUGUGUGGAAGCCUAACAUAACUGGUGGACAGGGUCAGUGAGAGGAAAUGACAGUCUUUUUGGUGGCUAUUAAAGCAAACUAUGUAUAA